GCCGACUCAGCCACUCAGCCGACUCAGCCGCCAGCGCAUGCCGGGAAGUUCCCAUGCCACACACACACACAAACACCCCCGCAAUGGGAAGCGACCAGAGCAGCAGUCUGCUCGCCACGUGCAGGCCUCAGACCGGAAGUCCACGUGCCAGAACCGGGACCAGGAGCCAGAGGGGUCCCAGCGCAUAAUUUGUGGAGGCUUCAUCCACCGGGCUCCCAGAUGGCGUCUCAGCCCAGGUCCGGACACAAAGAUACUGGCGACCUCGGUCUGGGCUUUGUGUUCCAUGAGCUUCAGGAAGACAACGAUGUAAAGGCUAUAGAGACCUCGGUGACUGAAGCGGUAGGAGACAAUGAGAAGAAAAUACGGCCUGAACCGGAGCAGGGAGCGGGGGCAGAAGAAGAAAGUCACGUCUGCCCUGGAGAGGCUGACCCCAUGUUCACCAAGAACCUGAUGAAGGCCUGCGGUGGCCACCAGGAGUCCUGGCAGCCACAGCCUGAGGAGUCGGCCCAGGACUCCUCCUCCUCUGAGCCGCAGCCCCAAGAUCAGCAGCAUCCCUUUGUCCCUGUUGGAUUCAGUGGGUUGCAGCUGAAGGAGCUAGAGAGCAUUUUCCGGCGCUCUCAAUAUCCCGACGUGUUCCCUAGAAAGCAGCUGGCAAUAUGCAUGGAUGUGAGUGAAGCCAAAGUGGAAGCCAGUAAGCCUGAUGAAAGCAAUUGAUCAGAGUAGCCACUCUGACACCUGCUUCAGUCCUUGGAUACCUUUGUCUUACACAUUCUCCAGUUGGCCUGUUUUUGUUGCCUUUUCUAUGUUUGCAAAGUGAGUUCUGAGCUUUAGAGGGUGAAAAAUGGGAUAGGGAAACCCCAGCUUAUGGAAAUUUCCCAUUACUGGAGGGAAUGUGCUUUCUAAUAGAAAAAUAAAACAUACCAAACUGCUACUUCUAUUUCCUGUACAAAAUUGAGUAUAAAUA